AUGCGUAGUAAGCAUUUAGUAACAUUAUUUAUUAUAACUUUUUUAUCAUUUUCAACCGUCAAGGUUUGGGGAAAAGAUGUAUUCGCCGGUUUUGUAACAAAGAAAUUAAAAACCCUUUUAGACUGUAAUUUUGCUCUUUAUUAUAAUUUUAAAGGAAAUGGCCCAGACGCUGGAUCCUUUUUAGAUUUUGUGGAUGAACCUGAACAAUUUUACUGGUUCGUGGAACAUUUUUUGUCUGUGAAAUUUCGAGUUCCAAAGCAUCUUAAAGAUAAAAACAUUCAUAAUUUUACACCUUGCUUAAAUAGAUCAUGGGUAUCUGAAUUUUUAAAAGAAUAUGAAGAGCCAUUUGUAAAUCCUGUUAUGAAAUUUCUAGAUAAAGAGCAAAGAUUAUUUUUUACAUAUAACUUUGGAGAUGUAGAACCACAAGGUAAAUAUACAUAUUUCCCAGUUAAGGAAUUUCACAAAUAUUGUAUACUACCCCCCUUAAUAAAAACUAAUAUAAAAGAUGGUGAAAGUGGAGAAUUUUUAAAAUAUCAAUUAAAUAAAGAAGAAUAUAAAGUUUUUCUUUCUUCGGUUGGUUCCCAAAUGACAGCUAUAAAAAAUUUAUAUUCAACAGUUGAAGAUGAACAAAGAAAACAAUUAUUAAAAGUUAUCAUAGAAAAUGAAAGUACAAAUGAUAUAUCUGUUCAAUGCCCAACUUAUAACAUAAAAUUACAUUAUACUAAAGAAUGUGCUAAUAGUAAUAAUAUAUUAAAAUGUAUUGAUGAAUUUCUUAGAAAAACAUGUGAAAAGAAAACCGAAAGUAAACACCCUUCUGCAGACUUAUGUGAACACUUACAAUUUCUUUUUGAAUCAUUAAAGAAUCCUUACUUGGAUAAUUUUAAAAAAUUUAUGACUAACAGUGAUUUUACCUUAAUCAAACCUCAAUCAGUAUGGAAUGUACCUAUAUUCGAUAUAUAUAAACCAAAAAAUUAUUUAGAUAGUGUCCAAAAUUUAGAUACAGAAUGUUUUAAGAAAUUAAAUAGCAAAAAUUUGAUCUUCUUAUCAUUCCAUGAUGAUAUACCUAACAAUCCAUAUUACAAUGUGGAACUUCAAGAAAUUGUUAAAUUGAGUACCUACACAUAUAGCAUAUUUGAUAAAUUGUAUAAUUUCUUCUUCGUUUUUAAAAAAAGUGGAGCUCCCAUUAGUCCAGUGUCAGUUAAAGAAUUGAGCCAUAAUAUCACCGAUUUUAGCUUUAAAGAGGACAACAGUGAAAUUCAAUGCCAAAAUGUAAGAAAGAGUUUAGAUUUAGAAGUAGAUGUAGAAACAAUGAAAGGUAUUGCGGCAGAAAAGUUAUGUAAGAUCAUUGAAAAAUUUAUUCUUACAAAAGAUGAUGCAAGUAAACCAGAAAAGAGUGAUAUACACAGAGGUUUCCGUAUCUUAUGUAUAUUAAUAUCUACUCAUGUGGAAGCUUAUAACAUAGUUAGACAAUUAUUAAAUAUGGAAAGUAUGAUAUCAUUAACAAGAUAUACUUCAUUAUAUAUCCAUAAAUUUUUUAAGAGUGUAACAUUAUUAAAAGGAAACUUUUUAUAUAAAAACAAUAAGGCUAUAAGAUAUUCACGUGCUUGUAGUAAAGCCUCAUUACACGUUCCAUCCGUUUUAUACAGAAGAAAUAUAUAUAUUCCUGAAACAUUCUUAUCAUUAUAUUUAGGAUUAUCAAAUUUAGUAUCUUCAAAUCCUAGUAGUCCAUUUUUUGAAUAUGCAAUUAUAGAAUUUUUAGUAACUUAUUACAAUAAGGGUUCUGAAAAAUUCGUUCUUUAUUUUAUAUCUAUUAUAUCAGUAUUAUAUAUCAACGAAUAUUAUUAUGAACAACUUUCAUGUUUCUAUCCAAAAGAAUUUGAAUUAAUAAAAUCCAGAAUGAUACAUCCAAAUAUAGUAGAUCGUAUAUUAAAGGGUAUAGAUAACUUAAUGAAAAGUACAAGAUAUGAUAAAAUGCGUACAAUGUAUUUGGAUUUCGAAAGUUCCGAUAUUUUCUCCAGAGAAAAAGUUUUCACCGCCUUAUACAACUUCGAUAGCUUCAUUAAGACCAAUGAACAAUUAAAGAAGAAGAACUUAGAAGAAAUAUCAGAAAUACCUGUACAAUUAGAAACAUCUAAUGAUGGUAUUGGAUACAGAAAACAAGACGUUCUUUAUGAAACUGAUAAACCACAAACUAUGGAUGAAGCUUCAUAUGAAGAAACUGUAGAUGAAGAUGCUCACCAUGUUAAUGAAAAACAACACAGUGCCCACUUCUUAGAUGCUAUUGCGGAAAAAGACAUAUUAGAAGAAAAAACCAAGGAUCAAGAUUUAGAAAUAGAAUUAUACAAAUAUAUGGGACCAUUAAAAGAACAAUCUAAAAGUACAAGUGCUGCAUCUACUAGUGAUGAAAUAUCAGGUUCUGAAGGUCCAUCUACUGAAUCUACAAGUACAGGAAAUCAAGGUGAAGAUAAAACAACAGAUAAUACAUACAAAGAAAUGGAAGAAUUAGAAGAAGCUGAAGGAACUUCAAAUCUUAAAAAAGGUUUAGAAUUUUAUAAAUCUUCUCUAAAACUUGAUCAAUUAGAUAAAGAAAAACCUAAAAAGAAAAAAUCUAAAAGAAAAAAAAAGAGAGACAGUUCUAGUGACAGAAUAUUAUUAGAAGAAUCUAAAACCUUUACUUCUGAAAAUGAAUUGUAA